GGCGACGGUCCGCUAGGCUCGGCCGGUAUUUUCGGCUGAAGCAGUUAGUCCGUAAGGAGGCGACGGGGGUCGGGCUCCACGGGGCCGGUACCGGAAGGAGCUACCCGGGUGAGGGGACCAAAGGGGGAUGGAGAGUGGUGCUGCGAGCCAGCGUGGCGACUGACUUGAGGACAGACAGAACAUGGAUGGCUCCUUUGUCCAGCACAGCGUUCGGGUUCUGCAGGAGCUCAACAAGCAGCGAGAGAAGGGCCAGUACUGCGACGCCACUCUAGAUGUUGGGGGCCUGGUUUUCAAAGCACACUGGAGCGUUCUUGCUUGCUGCAGUCAUUUCUUUCAGAGUCUCUACGGGGAUGGCUCUGGGGGCAAUGUCAUCCUCCCCCCUAUUUUCGCUGAGAUCUUUGGCCUCCUGUUGGACUUUUUCUACACUGGUCACCUUGCUCUCACCUCAGGGAACCGGGAUCAGGUGCUCCUGGCAGCCAGGGAAUUACGAGUGCCAGAAGCUGUGGAGUUGUGCCAGAGCUUCAAACCCAAAAGCUCCCUGGGGCAGGCACCAGGUGGCCAGAGUGGGCUGGGAAACCCUGCCACCCACAAUGUGAACAGCCACAUCAAGGAACCAGCAAGCUUGGAGGAAGAGGAAGCUUCCAGAACUCUGGACCAAGCCUCCCAGAAUCAGGAGCUUUGUGUCAGUCAUAGCCCCCAGAGACCACAGCUUGGUCUUCCUGUUCAGAGUGAGGGCCCCUCCUUCCUCCGUGGGAAACUCAAGCAGACUCUGAAGCUUUGUGCCCCAGAGGAAGACGAGUCUGAGGAUUGCAAAAUGCCUCCAAGGCCCUUUGAAGCUAAAGGUGCCCAGCUGCAGGGCAGUAAUAAUGAGUGGGAAGUGGUGGUUCAAAUGGAGGACGAAGGGGACGGUGACUAUGUUUCGGAGACUGAGACUCUGCCAUCCCGGAGGAAAUCAAAUGUAAUCAGGCAGCCUUGUGCUUCAGAGCCAGCUCUGAGUGCAGAUGCCCUAGCAGCUGAGCCCACUGAGAACAGAAAAGGUACAUCGGUGCCGGUUGAAUGCCCCACAUGUCAUAAAAAGUUCCUCAGCAAAUAUUACCUAAAAGUCCACAACAGGAAACACACAGGGGAGAAACCCUUUGAAUGUCCCAAGUGUGGAAAGUGUUACUUUCGGAAGGAGAACCUCUUGGAGCAUGAAGCCCGGAAUUGUGUGAACCGCUCAGAGCAGGUCUUCACAUGCUCCGUGUGCCAGGAGACCUUCCGCCGGAGGAUGGAGCUGCGACUGCACAUGGUGUCCCACACAGGGGAGAUGCCCUACAAGUGUUCCUCCUGCUCCCAGCAAUUCAUGCAGAAGAAGGAUUUGCAGAGCCACAUGAUCAAGCUGCAUGGAGCCCCUAAGCCCCAUGCCUGUCCCACCUGUGCCAAAUGCUUCCUGUCCCGAACUGAACUGCAGCUACAUGAAGCCUUCAAGCACCGUGGGGAGAAGCUCUUUGUGUGUGAGGAGUGUGGGCACCGGGCCUCAAGCCGAAAUGGGCUGCAGAUGCAUAUCAAGGCCAAGCACAGGAAUGAAAGGCCAUAUGUCUGUGAGUUCUGCAGCCAUGCCUUUACCCAGAAGGCCAAUCUCAACAUGCAUCUGCGCACACACACAGGCGAGAAGCCCUUCCAGUGUCACCUCUGUGGCAAAACUUUCCGUACCCAAGCCAGCCUGGACAAGCACAACCGUACCCACACAGGCGAGAGGCCUUUCAGCUGUGAGUUCUGUGAGCAGCGCUUCACAGAGAAGGGGCCCCUGUUGCGACAUGUGGCCAGCCGCCACCAGGAGGGCAGACCCCACUUCUGCCAGAUCUGCGGGAAGACCUUUAAAGCGGUGGAGCAGCUACGUGUGCACGUCAGGCGGCACAAAGGGGUGAGGAAGUUUGAGUGUACCGAGUGUGGCUACAAGUUCACCCGCCAGGCUCACCUUCGGAGGCACAUGGAAAUCCAUGACCGAGUAGAGAACUACAACCCACGGCAGCGAAAGCUCCGGAACCUGGUCAUCGAGGAUGAAAAGGUGGUAGUGGUGGCGCUGCAGCCACCUGCAGAGCUGGAGGUGGGCUCUGCAGAGGUCAUCGUGGAGUCCCUGACUCAAGGUGGCCUGGCUUCCCAGCUCCCUGGCCAAAGGCUGUGUGCAGAGGAGAGCUUCUCGAGCCCUGGUGUCAUGGAGCCACCCCUCAUCAUCACGGAUGCCGUCCCUGAGGACUGUGACACAUAACUCCCCAUCUCCUAGCUUCCUCUGACACAUGUGGUCCCAGUCCCUAAUAAACCCCUUGAGACUUGA